CGCGGGGCGCUGGCUCGGCGCGGCUGCGUGCCCGGCGGGCGCCAUUUUGUGGGCCUGGCCGCGGAGCGCGGGGCCGCGCCGAGUGAGCCCCCCCGUACAGUGACUGUGCCCCGUGUGCCCCCCUAUGGCCGUGGAGAGCCCGAGUGCCCCCCCCGCCGCCGCCGCCUCCCCCCCCAGCCCGCACUCCGCCCCCCCAUCUCCGUCCUGCCGCCACCACGACAGCGGCAGCUGCGGCCUCCCCCGGCCGCCGCCACAACUCCACCACCACGGCCCGGACGAAAGGGAGGAUGGGGAGCUGGAAGAAGGCGAGCUGGAGGACGAUGGGGGAGAGGAGCCCCAAAAUGCUUCUGAGUCACAUGAGAGGGGCCGGAAAGAGAAGGGAGAGAAGCACAAAAGUGACUCGGAUGAGGAAAAGGCUCAUCGGCGGAUGAAGCGCAAGAGGAGGAAAGAGCGAGAGAGAGAGAAAGAGAAAAGAAGAGCAAAAAAGAAAAGGAAAUCCAAGCACAAACGCCAUGCAUCUUCCAGUGAAGACUUCUCUGACUACAGCGAGGACUCUGAUUUCAGCCCCAGUGAGAAGGGGCACAGAAAGUACCGGGAAUACAGCCCUCCUUACCCUCUUUCUCACCAGCAGUAUCAGUCCUCUCACAGUGCCCCUUUGCCAAAGAAGAGCUACUCCAAAAUGGAGAGCAAGAAUUACAGCAUGUAUGAGGAUUACGAGAAUGAGGCCUAUGGCGAAUACGAGGGGGAUGAAGAUGAAGACAUGGGGAAAGAAGAGUAUGACGACUUCACAAAAGAGCUGAACCAGUACCGGAGAGCUAAGGAGGGGACACAUCGGGGGCGAGGCAGUCGAGGCCGAGGCCGAGGAUACCGAGGACGUGGAGGCAGAGGUGGAAUGAGAGGGCGAGGCAUGGGCCGAGGAGGCCGUGGGAGAGGGAGAGGUGAACAUCCGGAAGAGGAGGAGGAAAUGUAUGAAGAAGAAAUGGAAUAUGGUGACAAUGAAGAGCCAAUGGGUGACGAGGAGUACGAUGACUAUUCAAAAGAGUUGAACCAGUACCGGAGGAGCAAAGAGGGCAGAGGGCGAGGUUUAAAUCGGGGGCGUGGCCGUGGCCCCAGAGGGAGAGGAAGCAAGGGGAUGGGCAGGGGAAGAGGAAGAGGCGGGAGCAGAAGUGGAAUGGGGAAAGGUGGCGGAAUGAACGAGGAUGACGAUUACUAUGAUGAGGACAUGGGGGACGGAGGAAGUGGUGGAAAUUACAGGCGGAAUGACCAUGAUAAACCCCAUCAGCAGUCGGAUAAAAAAGGAAAAGUUAUCUGCAAAUACUUUGUGGAAGGCAGGUGUACCUGGGGGGAGCAUUGCAAUUUCAGCCAUGACAUUGAACUACCAAAGAAACGGGAACUGUGCAAGUUUUACAUCACUGGUUACUGUGCGAGGGCAGAGAAUUGCCCUUACAUGCAUGGAGACUUUCCUUGUAAACUGUUCCACACCACUGGGAAUUGUAUCAAUGGGGACGACUGUAUGUUUUCCCAUGAGCCGCUCACAGACGAAACGCGGGAGCUGCUGGACAAGAUGCUGGCUGAUGAUGCAGAAGCAGGUGCAGAAGAUGAGAAGGAAGUUGAAGAGCUAAAGAAACAGGGCAUCAAUCCAUUACCAAAACCUCCACCCGGAGUGGGCCUGCUGCCCACACCCCCUCGUCCUCCUGGACCGCCAGCUCCAACUUCUCCCAAUGGCAGGCCAAUUCCUGGAGGACCACCACCUCCUCCACCGCCCCCCCUUCCACCGCCAGGGCCACCCCAGCUGCCACCUCCGCCGCACGAGCCUCUCUCACCACAGCAGCUUCAGCAGCAGCAGGACAUGUAUAAGAAAAUCCCAUCUCUGUUUGAGAUUGUGGUGCGGCCCACUGGGCAGCUGGCAGAGAAACUAGGCGUGCGGCACCCAGUUCCACCACCUCCCCGCUUCCCUGGGCCUGGUGGACCACCUGGGCCUAUGCCAGGACCCAUGCACCCGGAUAUGCACCCAGAUAUGCAUCCUGACAUGCACCCGGAUAUGCAUCCUGACAUGCAUCUGGACAUGCAUCCCGACAUGCACCCUGACAUGCACCCAGACAUGCAUCCAGAUAUGCACCCCGACAUGCACCCAGAUAUGCCUAUGGGCCCAGGGAUGAAUCCUGGGCCUCCAAUGGGUCCCAGGCCCCCAAUGAUGCCAUAUGGCCCGGACGAUUCUCCACACUCCGGAAUGAUGCCCCCUGGCCCACCUGCACAAAGCUUUUACGAUAAUUUCUACCAACAGCAAGAGGGGGGCCUGGACAUGGACCCUGGCUUGAUGGGUGACCCAGAGGACUAUGGGAAUUACGAGGAUAUGGACGAGCCUCUGGCAGAGCAUCUUUUCCCUGACCAGUCCUUGGAACCCGAUUCCUUGUGUGAAGGAGGGGCUCCAGGGUUACACAAACCAUCAGCCAACAUCCCUGACUUCCUGCCAUCUGCCCAGAGAGCCCUGUACCUGAGGAUCCAGCAGAAGCAGCAGGAAGAGGAGGAGAGGGCUCGAAGACUGGCCGAGAGCAGUAAGCAGGAGCGGGAGAAUGAGGAAGGUGAUCCUGGCAACUGGUAUUCCAGUGACGAGGAUGACGGUGGAAGUAGCGUCACUUCCAUACUGAAAACCCUAAGGCAGCAAAGUUCAAGCAGGCCUCAUGCCCAGGCAUCCCAUGGAGAAAUCAGUGGCAGCAUCGGCCCAGGUGUGAGUGACCCUCGCCUGCAGAAGGCCCAGCCAGCAGGGAGCAGUCGGCCUGCGGAUCCACGUGUGCUGCGGGAUCCCAGGUUGUCUCGAAAUGCCGAUACUUGUGGUCCAUCUAGCACUGGGGACGCAGGGCCCACUGACCCAAGGCUAGCAAGACACAUUCCCACGCCUGCCCUGAAACCGGAUGCUCCUCAUUCCAGCAGUGCUGCCAGUCAGAAGGCUGCCUUGGUUCCUGAGGAGGAAGAAGGGGAAAGAGCACUGAGGGACAAACCGGUCAAUAUCCCCUUAGACGCACUGCCAGCCCACGCUCUGCGAGACCCCAGGUCUCAGCUGCAGCAGUUCAGCCACAUAAAGAAAGACGUGAUCCUAAACAAGCCAAACUUUGCCCGAAUGGUCCUGUGGAGCCCAGAGGAUCUGAUUCCACUGCCUGUCCCAAAGCAAGAAUUUGUUCCUGUCCCAGCUGCUCUCCAGUCAUUACCUGCCCUUGACCCGCGACUCAACAGGCCCCAAAAUACAGGCCUUUCUGACCCCAGACAGCGAGGAGCAGCAGCCCAAGCAGAGCCUGCCACCAGUUCUGGCACCAACAUCCCUGACUUCGAGCUGUUGUCAAGAAUAUUAAAGACUGUGAAUGCGUCUGGCAGUCCAGGGCCCGGGCAGAGCGAUAAACCGAGUGACCCUCGGAUGCGCAAAGCACCAGCUGAUCCCAGGUUACAGAAACCAGCAGAGCCAGCAGCUGCCAGAGCCACUAAACCUGCAGAGCCAGCUCAGCCAACAGCUGCUACCACACCCAGCAGCGAGACAGCUCCCGCCAUUGCUCCCUACGACCCCAGGCUGCUGACAGCUGGAGGACUAAGCAAAGGGAGUAGCCAAAGCAGCGUGCUCAGUGGGAUUAGCCUGUAUGACCCCAGGACUCCGAGUUCAGGUGGCAAAGCCGCAGAGUCUCCCAGCGAAGGGAAUGCAUCGCUGAAAGGCCCAGAGGCCAGCAAGAGCACUAACAAGGCCAAGGAGCCUCUGUUUGUGCGCAGGUCUGCGUUGGAUCAGCCCGAGGCCGAGAAGGCAGGCGCUGAUCUUGCAACAGACAGAUACAAUAGCUAUAACAGGCCGCGUCCCAAGGCAGCCUCCUCCUCCUCCACCGCCCCCGCCGCCUCCUCCACACCCACCCAGGAGACUGCACCUCAGCCAGGGGUUCAUAACCUCCCUGUGCCCUCCGUCUAUGGCAUGGUUAAGCAGACCACAAAGCCUGGGUCAGGCAGCCCCUUUGCAGGCAACAGUCCUGCCCAGGACAGUGAGCAGCAGGAUGCUGGGUCUCUGAAAGAUGUUUUUAAGGGCUUUGAUCCCACAGCUUCACCAUUCUGCCAGUAGUAUUAAAGGACUGACCUUGCGUCCGUGUAUUGAAUUGCAGCGCACAGUGUUGGUAACGUUUUUUAUUCCAUUAGUGCUCACUUUAGCCAUAUAACAUGUAUAUAAAUCGUUUUGGUUCUGGUCAGUGCUGUAACAUAUAGUCUCAAAGGUGCAUUUUAAAUUAAUAAUCAAAGUAUCCUUGUGCAGUAAUAACCAGCAUUUUCUUUGACUACCCCAAUCGUUUGUUUUAGAGCUUUCUUUCAAAAUGCAGUUGAAAUCAUUCUUGGAAAAUAAUGAAUUGUCUGAAAUCUCCUUGGGAAGCUGUGGCCGAUCUGUCAUUCCACCCUUUUGUCCUCUCUCUUUGCAGUAGCUGAGCAAGUCCCCUAUACUACAUUCAGGACAAGGGUAGUGACAGACUGGAUGGCAGAGAAACGUGGUUCAUACGUGUUGCUUAGCAGAUUAAAGCUGUGAGCCAUGCAGAUGAGUAGAAUGUGUUCACUUCUGAACUGUAACUAACUAAAGUAUUUGUAUCAUAGUCUUUUUUAAAAUUCUAGUACAAUGAACAGAUUUACCAUGGAAACAUAACCAUGUGGGAUUAUUUUUGUAAUUGUGGGGGGUUUGUUUGCUUUUGUUUUAAGUAAAUAUUUUAUGCCAUUUUCUGGAGGUGGUUUGAUUGUAAGACCCAGCUGGGUUGUAACAGGACUCGCGUUCUCAAGGUCGUCCGUGGAUGGCCAUGGAGUAUUUGCAUCCCAAAAAGUUGUGCAGUCUACCAAAAACAGGGUGUAUUAUUGAAAUUAAAUUAUUAAUCUCAAUCAGAUUUCACUUGUAUGCAUUUUGCGUAUGGAGGGUUUUUCCAUAAACACAAAUCUGUGUUCUAAGAUUUUCAGUAGACGAUCCCCACCCCACCAGGGGUAAAACCCAUCUCCAUCCAGAUGGGACGGGUGAACUCUGCAUGCCGUGCGUUUCAGGAGGCCGAGUUUUGUCCUAUAGUGCCACCCUAAGAAAGAGAGGCUGUUCUUCAGAAAAGAUAGCAAAGUGAUGUUAGGUGCUGAGUACUUUUUCUGAUUCAUUGUGUGUUUAGAAACAAAUGUGUAGAUGGAAGUGUUGAGUACAAUGAACUGUGCUUUCAGUGUGUGCAGGGAAAAGCAGCUACAGGGGAAGGGACAUGAGUGGCAGAUAAUCAAGUUUUUCAAAAGAUGAACGGGAUACUGUAGAAUCUGUGGUUAUGAAAAUGGUUGUUGAGGGAAGGAAGAUCUGGGGUGACUCCUUUCUGUGGCUCAGUGUUCUUGCUACAGGCUGUUUCAGUGAGUAAAGGGGUCACAGGUUUAUAAACCUUUCCAACAGACGAGUCUGUAGCUUACGUUUUCCUGAUCAUCCCUCAGCCCCGCACUUGUCGUAGACGUGCUAGAUCUUUGUGAGGCUGCCUCUUUGUAUAGGUCAAAACCGCUGAUCUCACAGGCCCAGAUUGUUCUCAAUCUAGAAUACGCUGCACACAGAAAGGCAGAAUUCCUUUUGCCUCUGACGAUGAAAAUGUGUUAAACCUUUUUUUUUCUCCUUCCCACGUUCCCCUUGGUAGCCUCUGUGGUUACUCGAUGUCACGGUGUCCCCUACCCCCUACUUCUUGGUUUUUUGAUAGCGGUAUCACUGUGGAGCUAACUGGAUUCCACCAUUUGUCACGGGAAUAUUGAUAGUACCCCACACUCACAAGUAUUUGGCUGGCAAAGCCUGUAGCAAACAUGCUCACAAGUAUUGGAAGAUAAAGACAUUUUAUGCAAAGUGUCUUUACAGCAUAAACUGCAGCAAGGAAAAGCUAAAAUGCUCGCACCUUUUUAGCCAUAUGUUAAGACAUGGAUCUGUACAAUGUACAUGACCAACAUGCAGUAUCAACUCCUGUGAAAUAAUGGAGACUAAGUUAAAUUUUAAACACAGUUUUAUGACCAUGGCUGAGCCAGGUGUAUUCUUCUUGACGCUUCCAGCCAGCUCAAUGUCUGUGGUACGAUUAGAAAAAUGUCUGUGGCGUGUGAACUGAGUACAGCGCUUUCUUCUGGUGGAGGCACAAGCCAGAACUUUUAUCAGAGAGACCAAAUACUUGGUGCUGGUGAGUGUUUUAAAGGCACAGUGUGCGUGUCGUAACUCUCCCUCUGCAGAGCCUCGCAACAGGGAGUGCUACACCAGCUUAGAUGGGGAUCUGGUGCCAGGCUAUCCCAGCUGACCCACCUUCACCAAGAGAGGUUCCUGUUUUUUUGUAGAAUAUUUCCCAAGUGGCUGUACCUGUCUGGUUUGAGAAUUCAUCCACUGCAUCAUGUCACAGUGGCUUGUCAUCCGGCUGGUGUUUGCAUAAGGAGUAGUGUGAGAGGGAAAACAUUUCUCAGUACGCUGGCUACCGUCAUUGAAUCUGGUUUAGGAUGAAUUGUCCAACAGUGGAACAGCUGCUUAAAAACCCACUCAGUUUUGCUGUAAGCGUAUAAUUUGUUUUGAAACAGUUCUACAGAUAAUGGGUGUUCUUUGGUUUUGGUGCAUGUGAGGUUAACAUUAAUAAUGCCAAAAUUAACUCUCUUCAAUUAACAAAACCCAGUCUGGACUCUGAAGUUUUGUUAUGUUUAUGUUUGGUGUUAAUUUACUUGUCUUCUUCCCUUUGGAUGCUAUGUGUUUUACUUCUUCCUGCACCCCACUUUAAUUUGAGCAAAAGGUUAUAUCAAACUUACUCUAAACAAUGUCUCUCAAACCAGCUGGAUUCCAGAAAAUUCAGAUGCCGAUGGAUUGUGCCCAUCUGUUUGAUAUGUGGAUGUCCAAUGGAGAUCUAAUCUAUUAAAAUUUCUGCUUGCAUCUCUCCCUGAAAUUGUUUACUGGUUUUCAAUGAAUCAGUGUGGCAUCUAUGUGUGUAGUAGUUAGCGCACUGUUGAAGUGGUUUACCUCAUGCCUUCUCUUGGUAUAGCCUCAGCUCUUAACCUGCAGUGAAGUGUGACAUGGACUUAUGACUUUGGAGUUUGGCUGGUAUCACUAUAACAAAAAAGAGAGAAGUGAAAUCAAUCAUUUUGUGUCCUGUUCCUCCAUGUGAGAUUGCUUUUAGUGAGAGAGAUGUGAAUUCAGUGGCGUUUGUACCAUAACCCUAAACAUUUGUAACAUACAUAAAAAAAACCUAUUAAACCCAAUCCAGAAUAUGAAGAGGAGUGACGCUCUAUUGUGGAAUAUAGUCACCCGUUGUUAAUCCAUUCAUAUUUUUCCAUCUGCCAGAGCUUUACGAGAAAAAAAAAUAAUGCUCUAACUGAGAUUGUAAUAAGCUGUAAAUACUAUUUCAGAAUUGAAGCUGUUGAUGCAAAUAUGUAUAUACUGUCUUGGGGUUUUUACAAUGACUGUUUCGUUGCAUGGCUUUGUGUUUUUUUUUCCCUUUUUUUAUUGCACAUUUGUCUUCCAAAAAUGUCAUCUAUAUUUCUCCUGUGAGCUCUUUAAUCCUCUGUAAUUGUAUUACUGCCAUUAAAGGAUGCAGUUAUUUUAAA